AUGAAUCGUCGCAUUCGUCGAAUGAACGAGUCGCCACUCGUUCAUUGCGAGCAGACGACGGACACGAGGCGAGCUCGCCUCGAGAUCCAAACUCGGGGCUCUUCGGCGCUGUUAUUUAAUCUGGACCAGGAGAGGUCCAGAUUAAUUCUUCGCACAGACUCGAUUGCAGCGUUGCGAGAUGGCUCAACGUGUACUUCGCUAACCGAGCCAGAUGAAGCAAUAUUUUAUUUGGAACAUAAGGUCGGCCUCAGUGAGAAGUGUCGGGGAGCUAACUUGGUCGGGUCAGAGGCGGGAAGCGAAGUUUUUGUUUCCUCGUCUAACGGAGUCCUCGGUCUAAACGUAUCGAUGCCCCAUUAG